AUGUGGACCGCCGACAGUCGACUGAUCGAGAGAGGUCGCAAGCGUCUACCGUCAUCACUCAAGAUCAUGACGCACGAUGGCAGUCACAACAGCGAGCCGAUCGCACCUGGAUCAUUGCCAGAUUCAUUAACAGAGUUCACGCUAGGCUAUGGUCACGCUCAUCAAAUAAUGGAGGGCGUGCUGCCGCCAUCUAUCCAUCGUCUGACAUUCAACAACAACAACAACCUCUGGCCAGACACCUUGCCGGUCUCGCUCACAUCUCUCACAUUCAUGUACGACAGUCCGCUGCUAGGGUUGGGCACGCUGCCUCCAACGCUCACCGAACUGUCCCUCGGUCGAUUCAGCAACAAUACACUGCUGCCAGGUGUGCUACCCACCUCCCUAAUCACAUUGACGCUCGGUCAAGGGUUCAUGCAGCCCUUGCUACUGGGUAGCCUGCCGCCCGGCCUGAAGAAGCUCACCUUUGGCAUGAUAUACAACAAACCGAUCAAGGAGGGCGUGCUCCCAAUCUCACUCACAUCGCUCAAGUUUGGACAGGGGUACCGUCAACGACUCGGCCCUGGCGUACUUCCGGCGUCAAUCACACGAUUAUCCUUUGGCAAGGAGUACAUACAACAGCUCACACAAGUGGACCUGCCCGCGUCACUCACCAAGCUUACGGCCACACCAGCCACUCAGUUGCUGAGCGUGCCUCCAUCGCUCGUCCAUCUGAAGCAUUUCUGGGAUGUACCAUAUAGCCUGCUACAGCCCACACCAGACACAAUCAAGCACCUAACUCUCGGCAACUCAUUUGAAGAGACUAUCACGCCAGGCAUGCUCGGUGACUCACUGACCGCACUAACACUAGGCCGCCUUUACAAUCAAACUUUGGAGCCUGGUGGCUUGCCCCAUAGUCUGCUCUCUCUCAGAUUUGGAUUCGCCUUCACUCGACCAUUGGCGCGAGGGACACUCCCGCCCUCUCUUACAAUACUGGAGUUUGGACCUGUAUUUAGUCAACGAAUCGCACCCGACACUCUCCCCGACAGCAUCACCAAGUUGACAUUUGGUGGCAGCUUCAAUAGUGAGAUCACACCCUGCGCGCUACCUUCGUCGUUGCGCGACCUAUACAUCAACAUCCACUCGAUACUCUCAUUCAAAGCAUACUUUAACAAGACUGUGGCCACUGAUCCCACGCGCCACAGUGUGCACCGCCUACACAUUGAACUUUUCUUCAACAGAUCAUUCGUCAACGUCAUUGGCUUACCGAGCGUGUGCAGUGUGCACCUACCAUUCGACGAUCGAGUGGUCGUAUGUCGAAUGAUCAAUCAACGUACUGUCAUACUACUUGAUCGACGCAUUCGUCGUGGAUGGGGCUUCCUCCCCGUGCCAUCACUUGCCAACAGUCAUUGUGUUGACGUGGACAAGGUAUAA